AUGGAACCCGUUCCUGAGACCGAGCGAAUGGAGGAGUUCCGCUCAUCUCCUCUGCCUACUCUACGUCUACACCAGCCGGCUGCGAUCAAUACCACUGAUCUAGACCCCAAUCGCAAACCUCCUACAGUCCGUCGAUCGACAGAGCCCCCAUCACCGAGCUCGCCAUCUUGGACAAGUGCCAAUGCUCUCCCCUAUCGACCUCGAACCACAUCACCUCUAUCUGGUGGCCAUGCACGAUCCAAGUCGGUUGCCAGUCUUGCACCUCCUAUCACAGGCCGCACACGCUCUAUGCCAGGUGUUGAUGGUUCAGGCCGAAUACUCUACCCGCCAUUUCGUCUAGAGAGCCCUUCAAGCUCCCCCAACAGAAACCGAACGCCGAGAAAGCCGGCUGAUGAAGCCUAUCCUCCCAUCUCGCCUAUUAGGUCUACUGUUUUGGAGAAUGAGAAGCGACAUUCUGAACUGAGUAACUACACAAACCCUGGUGUCACGACUUGGACCAAUCCAACUCAUCGAAGAACGACUUCGCCCUUACGGUUCUCGGCCUACUCGAUACCGAGCACUACCUCGUCUCUUCCCGGGACCCCAGCCACCGCAGGUUCACCUUUAUUUAAACCUGAAAGUCUGUCGAAUAGUUACACCUUCCCUUCUUAUUAUCCAUCGUCGUCUAUCCCGUCAACGCCAAGCUCUAUGAGAUCCCGCAGUCCCAGCAUUUCAAGCUUAGAGACGAUCCCCGAUUCUCCAGAUGCCGAGGAAGCUGCGUUAGAGGCGGACAAAGACAGAAUCGCUCAGUUGAAAGCUGCGGCGGAGGCGGCGGAAGACGGAGAUUCCGGAGAGUCGAAGGGGCGAGGUGGCCUAGACGUGCCUAUCCGUGGAAGAACGCUAGGCAUUGGAACUAGGGACAAGCGCAAACGCUGGAGUGUCUGCGGAGCCGAACGACGCGGCGAUCUAGAUUUGGAAACAAUAUGGGAAGAUUGA